AUGAGUAGCCCGCGCCGCAGAAUCGAGACUGAUGUCAUGAAGUACGGUGUCGCUGUUCCGCUCAUGAGCGACUAUGAAGUCACGCUUGUGAAUGACAACAAGUUUUACGUCCGCUUCAAGGGCCCCACGGAGACACCCUUCGAAGGCGGCAAUUGGAAAGUUCACGUUGAGCUCCCCGACAACUACCCCUACAAAUCUCCAAGCAUCGGCUUCGUCAACCGAAUCUUCCAUCCCAAUAUUGACGAGCUGUCGGGCUCCGUGUGCCUGGACGUCAUCAACCAGACCUGGUCGCCAAUGUUCGAUAUGAUCAACAUCUUCGAGGUCUUCCUCCCUCAGCUUCUGCGAUACCCGAACCCCACCGAUCCGCUCAACGGCGAGGCGGCCGCCCUGAUGAUCAGGGAGCCUAAGAGCUACGACGUCAAGGUCAAGGAAUACGUGCAAAAGUACGCGAGCAAGGACGCAGCAAACGAGGCUGGCGCAGAAAGCGAAGACGAUGACGAUAUGUCUUCGGUAGGCAGCUUCGGCGAUGACGACGACGACCAGCCCGCUGGUAGGAUGGAUGUUUGAUUGUUCUCUUGCCUCCUUGCCGCUUGGCCGAACCAGCGGGGCUACGACAGCCAGUGGCACUGAUCCUUUCGAGCCGUGUCUAAAAAUCCAUCCGUCGCCAGGUCAAGCGAGCUUUUUCUUCUUCUUGUUUGCCUUUCGGGCCACUUGCUGCUCGCGGAGUACUUGCCUACGGGGCGUUUUGAAAUGAUGGGGAGUUUUUAUGCAGAGGAUCGAAGCGCAGGGCCCUCGACUCCAUGACCGGACUGUGUAGGGUGUGUUUGGAUUGCUUUCCGUGCUUUUUGGGAUAUUCGUUGAAUAGGUCAUACAUGGAUGCCCCCUGGAUGAGGCGGCCUUUAGGUUUAGGGAAUGAUUGACUUUACCAUUCGUGUUCAGAUGAA